GACCAACAGAAAGAUACCUUACUUCUGAUGUUGAUGGCAUUUGAGUUUAUCCGUGCCUCGGGAACUUUUUAAUAGACAGAUAAAGUUUACUAUUGCGAGCUCUUGCAUGUUUUUUUUUUAUUACUCUUCUUCUGCCUUUGUUGAUUUGUUGUAUGUAUAUAUUUGCUUGCGUCUCUGAACAACGUUGACAUUAUGCCUUCCGCCGACUUCAUUAAUGUUAAAGCUCAACCAGUUCUGGAGGAUGAAGAUCAGAUAGCUCGUACAAGAUGUACCAAACCUUUAGUAAACAAUGGAUUAUUGGAUCAAUACGAACAUUCGGAUCUUACACCAGUAAUUGGACGAGCAUUUGAUGAGAAGACCCAAUUGAAGGACUUUCUUGCACCGACUAUUCCUGAAGAAUUACUCAAUGAUCUCGCAUUAACAAGUAUGUUUGACAUAUACUCUUGGUUGAUAGAAAGCAAUAUUGAUGAGAGGAUUAGUCUCCGAUCGUGGUGUGGUUUUCUUCCGAAAUCAAGAUAUUACUCCUGAUCAAAUGAAAGCUGUCAUUGAACGAAUUUCCAAAGCAGCUGGUUCUGUGAGUUCCUCCCUUUACAUUAAUAAAAUUCUACAUCCAUCUGUCUCAUACCUUGUCAAAUCCAAUUUCCCCCAUCAUCUAACGUUUCCCCAGCCUGAGUCCUCUACCCUCCACAUCCAUCCCCUUACGGAACAAUCCUCCGAACUGGGCGACCAAAUAUCCGUCAUCUCUUCUGCCAAACAAGCUAAAGGAGGUGGUUUAACCCACCAACUCUCUGAUGUAUCUCGGUUUGCCAGUACCGGCUGGCACGCAGACAUUACUUUCGAACGAGUACCUUCCGACUAUGCCAUGUUGAAAAUCCAUACUUUGCCAGAAACAGGCGGCGAUACCCUUUGGGCUUCUGGAAAUGAAAUCUAUGAGCGCUUGAGCCCGAAGAUGAAAGAGGUACUGGAGGGAUUGACGGCAACGCAUGAUGCGAACUUUUUCCAUGAGGAGGCGAGGAGAUUAGGACAGGAUAUCAGGGAGGAUAUGAGGGGAAGUCCUCUGAAUAUCGGGAAGGAGUUAAGCGCCAUUCAUCCUGUUGUUAGGACAAAUCGUAUGUUACUCCCACCUGCUUCUGUUUUCUUUAUCUUUUCCUCAUUAGCUUUCCAUUUCUCGAUUAUCAUUCCACCCCUCUGGCAUAUUCCGUCCAUUAUUAACGUCCAACAGCUGUAACCGGCAAAAAAUCCCUCUUCAUAAAUCAAGGUUUCACAAGGCGUCUUCAUCCUCUCACCAAAGAUGAAUCGGAUCUUUUACUUCCAUGGUUAAAGAAUUUGGUGCCUUUAAAUCAUGAUGCCCAAGUUAGAUGGAAGUGGAGCAAGAAUGAUGUGGCGAUUUGGGAUAAUAGAAGUAAUUGGCAUUGUGCUACUUAUGACUAGUGAGUUUUCGUCUUUCAUUUGUGGUGUAUACGGAGAUAGGAAGGUAAAGGAUGGAGAAUGGUAAAAUGAUGGGAAAGGGUCCUAUGAUGGAUAAAACUAAUGAUUUGUGUUUUAGUGCGGAAGCGAGAGCAGGUGAUAGAGUUUGUAGUCUAGGGGAGAAGCCAUAUUUGUAAAAGUGAAAUCGACAAGAACUCGGUAUGGACGAUAAAUGGGAACGAAAGAUGCGGUAUGAAAAGAUGUGUCAUGAAAGUAGACUGAUGCCAUUUACAUAUCGAUCUUAUCGUCGUUACCCCUGGUCGUGAGAUCAAUUCACUAGCCGUUGGGUGUUAUACUAGUCGUAUUAACGAGAUAAAAUACUAUGUAUAUACUCGGGCUAGUCUUUAAUGAGGGCCGGAGGCUUAAAGAAGCAUAUUUUCACAUCAAAAAUCAUAUAUUUCAAAAAUUUCUAUAAAUUCAAUAGAUAAUUAUAUAUAUUUCAAAUUUCAAAAAUAUAAUAGAUAUUUAUCAAAAAUUUAAUAUCUUAUUAUUUUUAUUUAUUUUAUAUCAAAAUAU